AUGCUCGAAAGCAAUCCGAUACCAACAACGACGACCGCUGGUUUCACUAACAUCAAUACACCACCAACAAGCAACACAAUAGGUAGUAUUUUUACUCCAGAACAAGUUGCCUGUGUAUGUGAAGUACUUCAACAAAGUAAUGAUAUUCAACGGCUCGGUGAUUUUUUAUGGACAUUACCAACAUGUGAACAUUUUCAUAAUCAUGAAAGUGUUGUAAAAGCAAAAGCAGUUGUUGCAUUUCGUCGAGGAAACUAUCGUGAACUUUAUCAUAUUUUAGAACGUUAUCAAUUUGCACCAUGUAGUCAUCCACAAUUACAACAAUUGUGGUUACAAGCACAUUAUAAUGAAGCGGAAAAACUACGUGGAAGACCAUUAGGUGCUGUUGGUAAAUAUCGUGUACGACGAAAAUUUCCUUUACCACGUACCAUAUGGGAUGGAGAAGAGACAAGUUAUUGUUUUAAAGAAAGAUCACGUAAUACUUUACGUGAUUGGUAUCUACAUAAUCCUUAUCCGUCACCAAGAGAAAAACGUGAAUUAGCUGAAACAACUAGUUUAACAACAACACAAGUAUCAAAUUGGUUUAAAAAUCGACGACAACGUGAUCGAGCAUCAGAAACAAAUGAUAGGCAAGUUGUUGUAUUUUCUUUUUAA